CGAAAAAAAAUAUGGCUGUUCGUGCACAAUUCGAAAACAGUAACGAGAUUGGUGUCUUUUCCCGUUUGACCAACAGUUAUUGUUUGGUUGCCUUGGGUGGCUCUGAAAAUUUUUAUAGUGUUUUUGAAGGUGAAUUGGGUGAUGUGAUCCCUGUUGUCCAUACCUCCAUUGCAGGUACUCGUAUUGUAGGUCGUUUGACUGCUGGUAACAAGAACGGUUUGCUUGUUCCUAGCACCACAACGGACCAAGAACUCCAACAUUUACGUAAUUCACUUCCUGAAAACAUUGCUGUUCAACGUGUCGAGGAACGUCUAUCUGCUUUGGGUAACGUCAUUGCCUGCAACGACUACGUUGCUCUUGUUCAUCCCGACAUUGAUCGUGAAACAGAAGAAAUCAUUGCUGAUACAUUACAAGUCGAAGUGUUCCGUCAAACAGUUGCCGAUAAUGUGCUUGUGGGUUCCUUCUGUGCCUUGUCUAACCAAGGUGGUCUUGUUCAUCCUCGUACUUCUGUCCAAGAUCAAGACGAAUUAUCUUCUCUUUUACAGAUUCCUUUGGUUGCUGGUACAGUGAACCGUGGUUCUGAUGUGAUUGGUGCUGGUUGUGUUGUUAACGACUGGUGUGCCUUUGCUGGUAUGGACACUACUUCAACCGAAUUAAGUGUCAUGGAAUCUAUCUUCAAAUUACAAGAUGCUCAACCUACAGCUAUUGUUAAUCAGUUGAGAGAUACCUUGGUCGAUACUUACUCAUAAAUCACAUCUAUAUAUAUACAUACACACGCAUUUUGGUUUCUUUUUUAAUUAUAAAAAUUGUAAUAUAUACGUACAGAUUUCGCUUUUCGUACCUUUUUAAAUAAAUUUCUGAAGACAGGAAAAGUGCAUGAUUUUGAUUCUUGAAUAAGUCU